AUGCACACUUGUGCCCUCGUGGGAAUCGAUGGGAGCGUCGACUUUAUGUGCUGGCCCGACUUUGACUCUCCAUCUGUGUUCUGUCGGUUGUUGGACAAGGACAAGGGCGGUCACUUCUCCAUCUCCCCCCCUGAUGACUUCAACUGUACUACAAAGCAGCAGUACCUGCCAUCGUCUUGCAUCCUGCAGACGAGAUCCAUUCAUGAAGAUGGCGUCGUGGACUUGGUGGACUUCUUCCCUCGCCCAAAGAGUGCCCAGGUCAUGACUAGGGGCACCAAGCUAAACUCUUAUCGGGAGGCCACCAAGGUCCAGGAAGAGCUCAAGAAGUGGCUGGUUCGUCGGGUGGAAUGCAUUCGAGGCAGUCUAACUCUGGAUGUUGAAAUCUUCCCCUCGUUCAACUACGGAAGGGAUCCGCAUGAAACCAUCCUCUACCAGGAGCGUCACAUAUCAUCUGAUACCAAGAGUAAGGUCGCCGCUUUCCACAGCAAAGACUACAAACUCCAGCUCGAUGUCGCACUCGAGAAGGGAGAGGAUGAGAACAGCUGCCCUGCCAUCACCUUCAAGAAGGAGAAGCGCCCCGGAACUCUCGGUGAGGGUCUUGUUGCUCGCAUCCAGAUCCAGGAAGGCCAGGCCAUCUCCUUUGUCCUUCGAAAUGAUAUCAACAAUCACAUCACUGAGCAUAUCUCCACCGAGGUUCUGGAUGCUCAGCAGCACGAUACUCAGACUUUCUGGUACAACUUCAUCUCGCAGUCCAAGUACAAGGGCCGAUGGAGAGAGGUUGUGUCGAGAAGCUUGAUGAUUCUCAAGAUGAUGACAUACGAACCUACCGGUGCCAUCAUCGCCUCACCCACAUUCUCCGUCCCUGAAGCCAUCGGAGGUGUGAGAAACUGGGACUAUCGCUACUCCUGGAUCCGAGACUCGAGCUUCACCAUCUACAUUCUUCUCCGUCUCGGUUUCAAGGCUGAAGCUGAUGCCUACAUGGAGUUCAUCAUGGAGCGUUUCGUUCACUCACGGGGCCCAGAUGGCGGCCUGCCCAUCAUGUUCACCAUUCGCGGCGACACCGAUAUUCCCGAGCUCACCCUGGACCAUCUCGAGGGAUAUCGUGGCAGCAGCCCUGUUCGUAUUGGUAACGGCGCAGCUUUUCACCAGCAGUUUGAUAUCUACGGUGAGCUGAUGGAUGCCAUCUACCUGUACAACAAGUACGGAAAGCCAGUUCCCUGGGAUGUCUGGAGGGCUGUACGUGACAUUCUUGAUUACGUCUUGACAAUUCUUGACGAUCCCGACAUGUCCAUCUGGGAAGUCCGUAACAACAAGCAGCACUUUACUUACUCACAGAUCAUGCUCUGGGUUGCAUUUGACCGUGGCCUGCGUCUCUCAGAAAAGAGAUGCUUCCCCUGUCCCAACCGCGCCAAGUGGAUGGAAGCAAGAGACAAUCUCUACGAACGCGUCAUGGAGAAGGGAUACAAUGAAAAGAUGAAGUCUUUCGUGCAGAGCUUCCAGAACAACACCAUGCUCGACUCUUCUAUCCUCAUUGCACCCCUGGUGUUCUUCAUCUCACCCUGUGACCCGCGUUUCCUCAACACUCUCGACCGUAUCCUCCUACCCCCUGAAAAGGGCGGCCUGACAAGCACCGGCUUGGUAUACCGCUACGACACCGAGCUCUCCGACGACGGAGUAGGCGGACACGAGGGCGCAUUCAGCAUGUGCACCUUCUGGCUCGUCGAAGCCAUGACCCGCGCAUCCGUCUACGAGCCCAAGUACUUGGUUCGGGCGGUCAACCUCUUUGAGAACAUGCUGGGCUUCUCCAACCACCUGUGCAUGUUCUCCGAGGAGAUUGCGCGCAGCGGCGAGCAGCUGGGCAACACGCCCCAGGCUUUCAGUCAUCUCGCCUUGAUCAGUGCUGCGUUCAACCUAGACCGCGUGGCCGAGAAGGGGCUCAAGUGAUGCGGGAUCUGUGGUUCAGAGCAGUGAGCCGUGAAGGGGCACUUUCACCUG